AGCCAGCUAGUAAGGUAGCCUGUUAGCGCCAGUUAGCAUAACUCGGGCCUCUGAGCUAGCGAACCACUUAGCUCAGCAAGCUUGUUAACACUUAGUUUUAAAGGUGGACUCGCUCAACUUCACUCAGUAAACGGGUUUAUUUGGAUUUCCUUCAAGUGAAACUGGUUUAUCUCCUGCCGCAUUAAUGAAGCGCUCCUUCACAACAACUUUACUACAUUAUAGUUCAGAUAUUUAGAAACACAAGCGGUUUCUUUCGUGUUGUGAGUUUUCAUUUUAGUUAAAUAUCCGGCACUUUUACUCCAAAAACUCAAAAAGUUUUUGUUUUUAAAACAUGUAAAUCAGCCUACUUAACCCAAAAAUAGAAAUAUUCCACUAACAGACUGGCUCAAGCAUGUAGUUAGUUUAGUAAAAUAAAUAAAUACCCAGAUUCUGUAUAUUUGUGAGGUCUUGUUGCUACAAUGCUUUUGUUUAUGACUUAUAGUUUUUUUUAAAAAUAUUUUAUUUCCACACAGUCCAUCUACCAAAACGCCUCCACAUGCUUCCUCCCCCAAACAGAUAUUUCCUUCUUUACCCUCACAUCUACACACGAAUAUUAUUUCUGCUCUUCUUUUUUAUUUUUAUGUUGAAACACAAAUUCUGUUGUACAAGAUGGAUUUGAAGUCAUAAAGUGACUUUUAUCCAUGUCGGUGAGCAGCACAGGAGUUUGAUCUGGAUACAGCAAGGCCAGUUCUCUUGUUUACAUUGAAGACAUUUGGGUUUGAGGUCAAAGAUGAGAUGAGACGAGAUGAUUGAUCAAGGUAUGGGAGAAAAGCAAGCUAUUUUGAAGCUGAGAAAAGAGGGAAAACCGAUCAGAGGCAUCGCACAAAUUUUGUGCAUAGCCAAUAUGACAAUUUAAAGUGUCCUGAAAAAGCAAAAGAAACCACUGGUGUACUGAACAACUGAUGACGAACAGGUCGGCCAAGGAAAACAACAGCAGUUGAUGACAAACGUUGUGAGAGCUGUGAAGAAAAACCCAAAAACAAAAGUCUGACAUCACCAACGACCUCCACGGGGCAGGGGUGAAGGUAUCACAAUCCGCUGUUCGAAGAAGACUUCAAGUGCAGAAAUAUUGAGGCCAUACCACAAGAUACAAAACCAGUCAUCAGCAGUAAGAAUCAGAAAGCCAGAUUGGAAUUCACAAAGAAAUACAGAGAUGAUCUACAAAAGUUCUACUACCGAGAUUAACUGCUACCAAAGUGAUGGAAAGACCAAAGUGUGGAGAAACAAAGGAUCUGCUCAUGAUCCAGAACACUACAAGCUCUUCUGUGAAACAUGGUGGAGGUAGUGUCAUGGUUUGGGCUUGCAUGGCUGCUUCUGGAACAUUCUCACUAAUCUUUAUUGAUGAUGUAAUUCAUGAUGGCAGCAGCAGAAUGAAUUCAGAAGUUUACGGAAACAUCCUGUCUGCCAGAUUACAGAGAAAUGCAUCCAAUCUAAUUGGGAGGAAAUUCAUCAUGCAGCAAGAAAAUGACCCAAAACACACUGCCAACUCAACAAAGGACUUCAUCAGGGGGAAAAGUGGAAGGUUUUAGACUGAUUAAGUCAAUCACCAGACUUUAACCCAAUUGAGCAGCAGAUCCCCCCCCCCCCCCCCCCCAAAAAAAAAAACAAGCAAACAAACAGCCGAAGGAAGCUGUAGUAAAAGCCUGGAAAAGGAUCACAAAAGAAAAAUAACAGUUUGGUCAUGUCAGUGGGUCACCGGCUUGAUGCAGUUAUUACAAGCGAGGAAUAUGCAACCAAAUAAUAAGUAUUAUUUACAUUAAGACUAUCUGUUCCAAUACUUUUGCUUGCCUAAAAAAAUGGCAUAGUCUGCCACCAAAGGUGCCCUGUUCUAGGUUGUUUAACACAUCUAGAUGUAAAUACCAGGAAACAAAAGCUGAAAUUCUGAUCUACCGUCUCCAUAUUCAUUUUCUGAUCUCAAAUCCAAAUCUCUUCAGUGUCUAGCAAAAACAAAAGAAUUGUUCUUGCCGUUCCAGUACUUUUGGAGUUUACAGGAAAGCAGACCAGAAGCCGAGACGUGCAGCAGGGAAGACGCUCUUGCAGCUUCUGCAAGAGCCAAACAUGAUGGCAAGAGAUGGUGGCCUGAAGGAAACCAGUGGAGAGCUGAAGGUUUUUACCACUCAGAACGUGAGUCCUGGAACAGGUGAGUUCCCACCUCGGAAUCCAGGUGUGCUGUUCGUCAGAGAAGGUGCUGUCGUGUCUCUCGUGACUGUCCAUCCUUCUUCUGUCACCGGAGUGAAGCAGAUAAUGCCUAAAGCACUCGGAGGCCCUGGCGUUAAUGUGCUUUCACAUGUGGUGAUUGGCACUCCUCAGAGGCCCAGUGCUCCUGCUGGUGCCGCUCUGUUAACCAGCCCCAGAACUCCUAGUGCUCAGUUCCUCACGCCACAGACACAGGCGCGAGAGUCUUCACCCUGGUCCAGUGGACGCAGCAGUAGAAGAGGGGACAAGAAUGGGAAAGGCUUGAGACAUUUCUCCAUGAAGGUGUGCGAGAAGGUUCAGAAGAAAGGCGUAACCUCCUAUAAUGAGGUCGCAGACGAGCUGGUGACUGAGCUGAGUUCUGGAGACAACAUCUCUCCAAAUGACGCUCAUGUUUAUGACCAGAAGAACAUUCGGCGGCGGGUAUAUGAUGCACUAAAUGUCCUAAUGGCGAUGAACAUCAUCUCCAAAGACAAGAAGGAAAUCAAAUGGAUCGGCUUCCCAACUAAUUCUGCUCAGGAGUGCAAGGACCUGGAGGCCGAGCGCCAGCGACGACUUGAAAGAAUCAAGCAGAAGCAGUCUCAGCUUCAAGAGCUCAUACUACAGCAAAUAGCCUUCAAGCGCCUGGUGCAAAGGAAUCGCGAGGCAGAGCAGAAGAACCACAGACCUCCUCCCAACACAGUCAUCCACCUCCCCUUCAUCAUAGUGAACACCAGCAAGAAGACCGUCAUCGACUGCAGCAUCUCAAAUGACAAGUUUGAGUACCUGUUUAACUUUGACAACAUGUUUGAGAUCCAUGACGACAUCGAGGUGCUGAAGCGCAUGGGCAUGGCGCUUGGGCUCGACUCGGGCAAAUGUACGCCGGAAAAUCUGAAGAUAGCCCGAACCCUCAUACCUAAAGCGCUGGAACCUUAUGUAACAGAUAUGGCACAGGGAGUCCACAGACAUUCUCAUACAAACAGUGAUAAUGGAGCUGUUGCCACUAUGGCCUCCAGCUCCAACAGCUCGUACCAUGGCAGCUCUCGUGAUACUCCGGCAUCCUUCCUGGAAGACGAGGAAGAGGACGAAGAUGAGGAUGAUGAGGACUUUGAUGAUGAUGAUGAAGAUUAAGUCUUCGCCCUGCUUUCGCCUCAGUCAACACCGCCUACAGCACGGUGGUGUGAUGUAUGUUGUGAUGAGAGGUUUCUGUUCUGUGACCUCUGAAAAUCCUCGUAUGGUUGUAUGUUCUUAGCAACCCUUCACAGUCUGCUGAGCAAAGCCCAGCUGCCUUGUCAAGGAUCUCAGUGGUGCUUUUGAAAUAGUUUUUUUUUUUUUUUUAUUUAGUUUUUUGGGGUUUUUUACCACACCCCCUCCUUUUUUUUAACCUCUUCCGUCACUGUUUGAUUCUUUUGUAAGACUUUUUUUUUUUCAUUCUGUUGGAAGUUGAGACUUUAAUGCUCAUGUGAUCCUCUAGUUGUAUUUUAUCCACUGUGACCAUCAAUUUAAAUGGACUUUUCAUGUCCAAAGAUUUGAAUAUGCUUUGAGUUAUUGGAUAGCCAUUUUCCUAACCUUCAGUUUGAUGUGGCAGAUUUUUUAUUUUUAUUUUUUUUUUUUGUUAAACUGUUACUUUUUGUACAGGCAACUGUUUUCUUACCUUAGGUGGGUUUUGGAGUUGAACACCUUCCACCAAGUGUCACGUUAUAAUAACAUUUGAUUUGUAAUUACAAACGCAGUGUGUCUAGUUAAGAAAUGAAUAUUAAAUCGUUCCGCAGAUGUUCAUUAUGUAAA